CCCUCCCGUCCCUCUUCACUCCGUAAUCAAGAUGCAGGGCACUUUGAUGGCUACAAGGGUCCUCUUUUACAGCCACGCUCACUCGAUGCUGUCCCUAACCGCAUAAUAUCUUUGCUGCGGCCUCUUCUUCUCGAUGUGGUCCCAACAAUUCAACAGACUGCUGCUUUGGCUCUUGGGAGACUGGCCAAUUACAGCGACGACUUAGCAGAAGCAGUUGUGAAGGGCGACAUUCUUCCACAGCUUGUUUAUUCACUGGCAGAGCAGAAUCGUUUCUACAAGAAAGCAGCUGCCUUCGUGUUGCGAGCAGUUGGCAAACACUCUCCCCAGCGAGCUCAGGCCAUAGUGGACUGUGGAGCCCUGGAUGCGCUGGUGAUGUGCUUGGAAGACUUUGACCCCGGAGUCAAGGAGGCUGCAGCUUGGGCACUCGGAUGUAUUUCAAGACAUAAUGCAGAACUUUCACAAGCCGUGGUGGAUGUGGGAGCUGUCCCUCUUUUAGUACUGUGUGUUCAGGAGCCAGAAGUCGCUUUGAAAAGGAUUGCCUCUUCGGCCCUUGGUGACAUUUCAAAGCACUCUCCAGAGCUAGCGCAGACAGCAGUGGACGCAGGAGCCAUCGCUCACCUAGCCCAGAUGAUCCUCAACCCUGAUGCUAAAUUGAAGCACCAGGUCCUUUCAGCUCUUGGUCAGAUUGCAAAACACUCUGUGGAUCUGGCAGAAAUGGUUGUUGAAGCAGAGAUUUUUCCAGUUGUGCUGACCUGUCUGAAGGACAAAGAUGAAUACGUGAAGAAAAGUGCUUGCACUUUAAUUAGAGAGAUUGCAAAACAUACACCAGAGCUUUCACAGCUGAUCGUUAACACGGGAGGGGUGGCCGCCGUGACCGACUGCAUUGGGACCUGCAGAGGGAACGUCCGGCUGCCUGGCAUCAUGAUGCUCGGCUACGUGGCCGCGCAUUCCGAGAACCUGGCCAUGGCGGUGAUCAUUUCCAAGGGUGUACCCCAGUUGUCAAUCUGCCUGUCAGAGGAACCAGAGGAUCACAUUAAGGCCGCCACCGCCUGGGCCUUAGGCCAGAUUGGGCGACACACUUCGGAACAUGCACGGGCUGUCGCCGUCACAAAUACUUUGCCGGUUUUGCUUUCUUUGUACAUGUCGGCAGGAAGUUCUGAGGAUCUGCAGAUGAAAUGUAAAAAAGCUAUAAAGAGCAUCCUACAAAAAUGCACCUACUUACCAGCCCUGGAGCCAUUUCUGUACGACGCGCCUCCAAAUAUUCUGAAGCAUGUGCUGGGACAGUUCAGUAAGGUGCUGCCACAUGAUAGCGAAGCUCGUCGACUUUUUGUAACCAGUGGUGGACUUAAAAAAGUUCAAGAGAUACAAGCAGAACCCGGUUCUCUCCUUCAAGAAUACAUCAACAGUAUUAACAACUGUUACCCAGAGGAAGUAGUAAGGUACUAUUCCCCAGGAUACUCAGACACACUUCUGCAGAGAGUGGAGAGCUACCAGCCACUUACUAAUUAAGCAUAGUCGUCUUUUUAUACCAAAAUUCACGGCGGAUUUUCAUGAGUAACAUUUGUUAAAAUCCUUUCUAAAUAUUUGAACUAAAUACAUUCUAAAUUUAUUCAGUGUGAAAUACCUUUAGAUACAAUAUUUUCAAAGUUUGUGUAACACUUUAAAAAUUAGCACCUUGAAUAUGUGAAGAACUGUUCAUAAUAAUUUGCAUGCAUAGGAUUUGUUCAAAAGGUAAAUUUUAAGUAGUAAACUUUUAAGACAUGUUAUUUUUCUACUAAAAAUAAGAGAGACAGAAAGGGAGAGAAAGAGAGAGAGGGAGGGAAGGGGAGGGAGGGAGGGAGGGAGAGAGAGAGACUUCAACUAGAUGCAGGAAAGAGGUGGUGUUCAAAACCCUUUUCUGAGCAGAAGGGACAUAGUUCGAAGAGGACAGGAAUAUGGGGCCCUUGAAGGAGGCUCUGAUGCUGGUUGCAUGAAUGCGUUACCCUGCAGCAUAGAAUCUGCUGGCAGGUUCAAACUGCAGGGUUUUCCUAGGAAUUUAGGAAGGGACUCCUCUUACCACAGCCUUCCUCAAACAUUCCUUACAUUUCAUGAGGCUGCAGAGGGUUGAAGUCAUUGUUAGGCAUGCUCCUCUUAUAUACAUGCUCUUCGACCUCAUGGAAAGGUUUCACAUUCAUCACGAACAAACAGGAAAGCUGGUAAGGUCAGUUCUCAGUGUUCCUGUAUCCUGGGCUGUUCGUAUUCCCCAAUGUCAAAAGUCUCUUUGGGGGGAUUUAAGAAAUACUUUGAAAAGAAACCACGAAGCUCAGACUUUACACCUGUUUUCACCCAGAAGGAUAUAAAGGGGUAAACUAAAGGAGAUAUCAAUAAAAUUUUAAAUU